ACAAAAAGUGGGAGUGCUUAUUCGAAUAGCAGCAAUGUUGCGGGCAAAUCACACGCAAGAGAACCAAACCAACAAUGGUGUCAGAGGCCCACUUGAACAAGUUGAUAGGCAGCUGCGAGUGAAAGAGAUGUCGAAGAUGGCGCUACAUCCGAAAGUCGAGGCGCUGCAUGGUGCGGCAGCAGCAUAUCAUUUCCUUCCAGUGACAAGAAAGAAUCUAGUAGCAACGUUUCGAUAUCCUCCAGGAGCUCCCGUUAUUCUGUGUCGCUAUCAACAGCCACGCCAGGCGGCUGAUGGCGUCAAACCAAUGGCUGACGACGAAUAUGAGGGACUCGCAGGAAAGCUGUCACCGUUCGUCUCUCAGGUUCUCUUUGGGAGGGUGGCUGGAGUAGGAAUAGACUUUGGUUCGAGCAAACGCGAAGAUCUUUACCGUGUGAAUAUUGAAAACGUAGGGAUUAGCAGGGCGGGCUGUGGUUCUGAUCAUAGCUUCGUCAUGGCCCGGGAAGAAGAGCUUGUGCUAGCGAAGGGGUGUCCUGUUUGGUUUGACCUUGGUCAAGGAAAGGAAGAAGGUGUUGUGCUUGGUUCGCAGCAUAUUCCACUUCCGUUGAUGACGACUGCAAAGAACCCGUUGCGCCUCUCCUACUCUAUUCAAGCCACAAGAGGCCGCUUGGUGGUGCACCACGGCGUUGACGCUGACAAGGUAUCCUUCCGAUUGGACACUCCAACGCAGCCCAAGCAGCGGCGCCGUCUCAAAGAAGAGAGCGACGUUGCUACUAAGAAAGAAACUCAGGCAGAUAAUGGGCAAGAAGACGAAAGCGUCGUGGCUACCAAGAAAGAAGCCCAGGCAGAUCAUGGGCAAGAAGACGCUGUACAAGCAGCCAGUGGAGGCGAUUCGCUGACGGAGCAUCCACAGUUCUGUAAGGAGGAAGAGAACAGCGGCAGCUGCAUGGAGAGUUCACAGUGUCCCGGCACAAUGGCAGAGCAAAACGACUUUGCAAUGGUUGGCUCUGAGGAGCCGACAGCCCUGUCGGCACGCCAUGUGUCCAUUUUGCCCAAAAAGUUCGAGGAUGAUGUUGCUUUGAUUUGCAAUGAUUCACUUGAUGGAAAUCCUUCGCUACCAGUCGAAGAAGUCAAAAUCCUCGCCUCUAUUGAUGACGCCACACAGGCCAUUAAAUCCAAGGAGGGCGAACUUCGGUCGCAACAGGAACUUCGACCGCAACAGCAACUAACGCAAUGGAUGUCUGCUCUGGGGCGUGAAGAAGAUAUGCAAAAGGGUGCACUAGGGGAUGAUGGAACUGAGCAAGAGGAGGACGUUGAUCUGAUGGUCGAAGACUGCAGCAACCAGAUGAUGGUGGGAGCUCCCAGCCACUGUCCGUCGUCUGAGAUAAUACACGGCGUAGGCCCACAGCCCGAAGUGGUUACUUCAUCACAAGGGCUUGCAGCAUCUGGGUCAUAUGAGAUUGCAAAGGGCGCCCACGUACAGCCCGAAACGGUUACCUCACAAGAGCUUACAGCAUCUGCAUUGCUGGCAGGUCGACUUCCCAUUUCUCCUGCCCCUCGUGUGGAACACCUGCAGCUCGAACCGGUUACUUCACCAGAGCCUACAGCAUUUUCGUUGCGGGCAGGUCGAAGGACUAUUUCUCCUGGCCCUCAUGUGGAACAAUGUAAAACAGGCGAAACACCCUGCAACCCACGCAGUGCAGAAAGGAAGACCGUGGUAGACCAAAUGGUUUUGCACAACGAGGCGGUUGGUGCUCGAAGAGCCCAAGUAGGAGAGGCACUACAGCAGGUCAAAGACGGUCUGAGGCAAACACGUUCUGCGCAGCUGUUUGAUUUGCUGCUGAGGUAUGGCUCCCUUUCCCGUUGCGAGCUUGCUGGCUUGGUACGAAGGAAGGACAGGGGCCACGGCUUCAGCUACUCCCUUCGAGAACUAAAGCAGCAGGGACUCGUAGAAGAAGACCCAGAAUCGGGCGAAACCAGAGUGAUAAAGUUGCGUCUGUCGGACAAGGUCUUCGCAAGACCAGAGGACCGCCCGGAGCCAGAAUUUAUCGACCCUCGGAUUCUCGCUGAAGCUGUUGCUUGGGACAAAUCGUCAAAGCCUAGAAACAGAAUUAAGACAUACGAGGACUCUGACGACGAUUCUGUAAGCACAAUUGACUCGGGAGACUCUGCAGCUAUAGCACCCCCGUGUGGGACAACCGAAGGUGUGCUUCACCUGAGAGAUGAGGGACUCAAGGGAGGAGAACUCUUGCUGUCGACGGCUCACUUGACCUCGGUCCCUCACAUGAAAGCAAUGCUCCAACGUGCACAAUCCAUCCAACGUGAUGGUCACAAAUCCCCCAAAGGGGAAGGCACAAGCACUGGAGCUUGUCCCCUCCAAAGAGAAGUGGAACAAGAAGUCUCUUUGAAUGAAGACUGUCACCCUGUCAGAUGUACCGGUAGCGGGGCAAGGAGGACAUAUAAUCGUGAAUCUUCAGCGCAGACAAGGCAACAAAAACAGGCAACGGGAUACCAUUCUUACACGGGGAGGACCAUUGAGGCCAACAAAUCUGGCGCGGCUGUAAUGACAGACGUUGCUUCUACCCGUACUGCUGCAGCGCGCUGUCAGGAUCCAAAUUCACUUGCCGGCAAGUCAUCCCCUCGAGAGUCAAGAGUCAACGGGACGAACCCUCAACGUUCUGUCGUACCCUCCAUUCCGAUCAUACACAAGCCGAAGAGUGCGCAAGCUCCUCGAGAUCCCUUGCCCACGGAUUCGGUCAAUAAACAAAAGCAGGCAUCGCAGGCUAUCAAAGACCUAGAUGUAUGGAAGAAAACGUUACAGGUCCGCGAAAAAAUUGUGUCAGACGAGCGCGACGCUGACCCACAGGCGAAAAAAGCUCCGCAAUCACAUUUUGAGGUUGGCGACCCACCUGCUUCAUGUGUUGCCCAUGAUGACGAUAUCACAGGCGCUACUACCAAAGAUGUCGCCAAUGACGCCAACAGCCACCAAACCAAAAGAACCGUUGCCAAUGACGCUGCCCCAGAUAUUGUCGAUGGCGCUAACAGCCGUCAAACCAAGAGACCUCGAGGUCGAGGAUACAACACGCAGCCGCAUAGUACUCCUCCGCCUGGCGCAAAGCGACAAAAGCGUCUACAUCUCCAUGCGAAACCCUCCUACGAAGCUACUAGUAUGAGCUCCUCGUCGGCUACUGCUAUCGAUGUCAACUUGCCCUACAACUUUGGCCCAGAUUUCCUAGUAAACUCAAUCAUGGGAGAUGGGAAGGAAGGCCGAGCGCUUUGCGACAAUUUUGGGUGUUCGAUUGACAUUGAAGGAAGUCGCUUGCAUGGCAGUCCUCCGUCUGAUAAGCAGCUAGCGGUUGUGCUCAAAGGAGAAGGUCCUUCCAAACUGUUUCUCUGUAGCCAAGCAAUUGAGAAUCGCUUGUGCCACUUUCUUCCACAAACCUUGCGAGGCAACUUCCUUUUCCAUAUUGGGAAGCUGAAUCGGUAUAGGAAAACUUACAAGGGGGGUCUUGUCCAGACACAAGAUCCAUUUUGCAAAACUGGUUUGGGAAAUGAUAAGCAGUUGCACUGGGUGUCGAUUUUGAGGCUGAACGAUCCGAACGCCCCGCCAUUGGAUGAAGAGUUGGACAGAUUUCAUGAGCUGCAAGAACGCUUCAGCUCGUGCGAGAUAAGACUGGUUCGGAAGGAACUGGAUUUUCCACGCGUUCCGUGUCACAUCGUCGCGUCGAGUCUACAUAGAGACGAUCUUUAUGCAUGCCGCCAACUCUGGGACGAUUGGAGCGUGCACCGCCAAUGA